AUGGUAAAGUUGCUAACUGAGACUGAUCCUAAGUUACAGAAUCCCAACUAUGAUGUUGAUCACGAGGAAGGACUUGGGGAGUCUCCACUCUACUUGGCUGCCGGUAACGGACGCUUGGAUAUUCUCAACCAAAUCUUUCUCAUUUGUCCAUCUCCAGCUCAUGGUGGACCACAUGGUUGGACAGCUUUACAUGUGGCCGUCGUUGAGAGGAGGCUUAGUGUCGUGAAAAUACUAUUAGAGAAGAUGGGUGGACUUGUGGAUAAAGCGAACAAGAAUGAAAGGACCGCUCUCCACUAUGCAAUAUCCGACGGUGCCUUCCAAAUAACACAACAGUUGCUAAGAGGAUGUAAGCCUUCUGGUGACCUCAAGAUAGUAAAGCAGUUGGUAAGUCAUGAUACUUCCAGUGCGUAUAAAUUGGAUAAAGAUGGUCUCUCACCAUUUCACAUAGCUGCUCUUGAAUCAAGCAUUCUGGUAUUUCGAGAACUCAUCAAAUGCUGUCCAGAUUCUGGGGAGUUGCUGGACAAAAAGCAUCGUAAUGUUCUUCACUUUGCUGUGAUGAGUGAGGAUUUCAAGAAAAUCAGGUUUGCCCUAAAGCAACAAGAGCUUGAGGAACUUGUAAACAAGGCAGAUGAUGAUGGAAACACCCCAUUCCACCUCGCAGCCACACUAGGCAAUUUCGAGCUUGUGAAACAUUUUCUUUCAAAUAGAAGAGUAGACGUAAAAGCGAUCAACAACAAGGGUCAGACAGCUAUUGAAAAUUUUCAAUCUAUUCAGGAAAGAAACACAGCUUUGAUAUCGGUGAGGUUUUCAUUAUUUCUUCUAUCUACUUUGUCUUUUUCCACUCCCAAAAAUGCUAAGCUCACAUAUUAUUAUGUGGGAGUCCAGAUCAAGUCUUGGUAUGAGAACCAUUCUUGUACACUACUUGAUCUCUCAUUUUUACGAUAG